CUGACUUGGAUGGUUGUUUUCUCUUUGUAUACAAAUUCCAACGAUCAAGGUUGAAGAUCAAAGCAGGAAAGCGAGAGCGAAGAUCCAUCAAAAUUGAAUAGAGAAAAAAAAAUGGGAAUGGAGAAAGAGAGCGAGUUGGUUCGGCGAUGCAUAGAAGCAGCUUGCCGAAGCAGAGAGAGCGUAGAGAAAUGGCGGAGACAAAGAAGAACUCUGGAGCGAUUACCUUCUCACCUUUCUCAAUCUCUCCUUCAAAACCUCCUCCGUUCCCGCAUCCUCUUCCCUUCCUUACUCGAAGUAUUCAAGUAUAGUGUGGAGGAGAUAGAUCUUAGAGGAGAGAAUUGUGUAGAUGCAGAAUGGAUGGCGUAUUUAGGCGCAUUUCGUUAUCUACGAUCCCUCAAUCUCGCCGAUUGUCAUAGAAUUAAUAAUUCUGCUCUUUGGUCCUUAGUAGGGAUGAGUAGUUUGAAGGAGGUGGACCUUUCACGAUGCAUGAAGGUUACUGAUGCUGGCAUUAGGCAUCUUAUAUCCAUUUCAACUUUGGAAAAGUUAUGGAUUUCAGAAACUCGCAUCACUGCCAAUGGGGUUGCGCUACUCUCUUCACUUAAGAAUUUGUCUGUAUUAGACUUGGGUGGUUUGCCUGUCACGGAUACCGUGUUGAAUUCUCUCCAGGGAUUGACAAAGCUACAAUUCCUUGAUCUUUGGGGGAGUAAAAUAUCUAACAAAGGGGCUUUGGUUCUUCAAAGGUUCUCCAAGCUGAGCUUCCUCAAUCUAGCUUGGACCAAUGUUACAAUUUUGCCAAAUCUGUCAUCUCUUGAAUGUUUAAACAUGAGUAAUUGUACCAUUGAUUCUAUCCUUGAAGACGAUGGUGAUAAAGCUCCUUUAGUGAAGCUUAUUUUUGCUGGAGCAACUUUCCUGAAUGAGGCUGAAGCCUUCUUAUAUAUUGAAACACGUUUCUUAUCCUUGUUGGAUGUAUCCAACUCUUCCCUUAACUGGUUCUGCUUUUUACCUGAUAUGAAAAUGCUCGAACAUUUGGAUCUUAGCUCUAGCAUGAUGGGGGAUGAUUCUGUUGAACUAAUUGUAUGUAUUGGAGCAAGUCUGAAAAUUCUAAAUCUAAGUGGCACGAAAGUCAGCUCUGCUGGGAUAGCAAUUUUAGCUGGACAUGUUCCCAAACUUGAAUUUUUAUCUUUAUCUCACACAUCAAUAGAUGAUGUUGCCUUAUCAUAUGUCAGCUCAAUGCCCUCACUUAAAGUUAUUGACCUAAGCAACACAAACAUUAAAGGUUAUAUUCACCAGCCAGGCACUGAGUUACAUAUGGAUAGCACACUAGCAGCACUUCAAAAUCUUAGGUAUUUGGAGAGCUUAAACUUGGAGCAUACGCAAGUCAGGGAUCCGGAUUUAUACCCUUUGUCAAGUUGCAACGAACUGGGCCAUUUAUCUCUAAAAUGUGCUUCCCUUACAGAUGCCACCUUGCAUCAUCUUUCAUCUCUCCCAAAGCUGACGAACCUUCGUGUCUGCGAAGCUGUGUUAACAAAUAGCGGCCUGGAUACAUUUAGCCCACCAACAACACUGAGAAUGCUGGACCUGAUGGGUUGUUGGCUUUUAAGUGAAGAUGCAAUCGCAUCCUUCAUAAGGAAACAUCCUCAAGUUGAGAUAAGGCAUGAAGUUGUUCAAAUCCUUUCAACAGAGCAGCCAAAUAUUUCUAAUCACGCAUCCCCAUCACAACCGCCUUUGAAGACUUCUCAAGGGCAGGGAAAAGUGCCGAUCUCUCAGUUUUUUGUAGAUCAAAGAUUGAAGUAUAGCAGAGAGGAGCUACUUUCACUACAGUUUUCACCGUUAUCUCUCAAGUCUCCCCAUGAUUCAGGUAUGGAAAUACCCAAGCUACAAUCAGAUCGAUUGAAUUAAUUCCAUUAAAACAAGGAAUAAUUUUCCCUAUGCA